AUGGCGGCCAACGAUACAAUCGUACCGGCCUUUCUUAUCAGCUGGCUGCAACUACUGACUCCUGGAGACUGUUUCGAUGAAUUUUUUGUCAACUACAACUUUCUCGAUGUUCCCUGUUUGAAAAUCUUCAUCAGCAAAUGUUUAGGAUAUGGCAUCAUAUGUGGAUCCUUUAUAGUAAAAGUGCCACAGAUUAUAAAGAUAUGGAAGGCAAAGAGCGGUGAAGGAAUUAGCUUGUUUGGUGUCAGCCUUGAGCUUGUCGGCAUAUCGGCUACCUGGGCAUAUGGAGCUGCACACACAUUUCCAUUUUCAUCUUAUGGGGAAGCUCUGUCCUUGGCUGUGCAGACCAGUAUUAUUGCCUUUUUGGUUCUGUUGUAUGCUAACCAAGUGACAAAAGGCGUUAUAUACGUGUCUGCCUAUGUGGCCUGUAUGGCAUUCCUUCUGUCGCCAGCCGUACCUUUGGGCCUGCUGACAGUGUUGCAGGCCGGAAAUAUAUUUUUGACAUCCUUUAGUAAGUGCAUUCAGGCAUGGGAAAACUUCAGAAACAGCAGCACUGGCCAGCUUUCUGUGGUGACUGUAUACUUGCUGUUUCUGGGCUCCUGCGCUCGCAUCUUCACAUCCAUUCAAGAAACUGGAGAUGUCAUGGUGAUUGCCACCUAUGUCUUGGCUUCCAUUUGUAAUGGAAUCAUUGCUACCCAGUUGGUCUACUACUGGAACUCUCCACUUAACAAAGAUAAGAGAAGUUAG